AUGGCUACAAGAUUGGGUAAGGAAGCAGUGGAUCAACAUAAUGUGGAGUUCAAUACAAUGUUUACAGAAAUAUGUUUACCCUAUUAUGAAAAGAUCGCUGAGUAUAAGAAGGAUGAUCUAAGUGAUGAUAGAGGAAAGUCAUAUUUCUCAGAAACUCCGGAUAAAAAUCAAUCAUAAUACGGAAAUAGCUUUUUGAGACUUAUUCUCGAGAGCAUAGAGGCUUGGGCUAAAAUUUACACAUGUAAGAGUGAUUAAGUGACAAUAUCUCCUUUUUUUCUGGCAUAUGCAAGACUAGUGGUGAAGAGAGUCAAAUUUCCCGAGGUUUUCAAAUAUUACAAGCAGGAAGAAGUGGAUAAGAAUACAUCUGCCACUUUUAAGACACAUUCCAAAAAUAUAGCAUAGGUCUUGGAGGAGAGUAAAUUACCAAAGCCAGUUCAAUAGAUUUAACAACAGGAUCCACAAUUUAGAUAGAAUCAACAACCAAUUUAAACAGAAAAAGUGCAGAAACCCCCUUAUACUCCUGGAUCUGGUCCUGUAAGUGAAAUCUAAAGGGAAAUUAACUAGAGUGCGCAAUUGUUGAUUAAUUAGUAUAGCCAAUUGAAAGCUGAAUUAACGGAGAAGGCCUUAAGCUUAGGCUUUAAGGCUACAAGUCAGUACAUUAAGGACUUGAAGGAAGUCAACUAGAGCUUGUUUCUUCUGAAGGAAAAGAUCGAUAACAAAGUUGAAGAACUCUUAAGUUAGGAUGACGAAGAUAGUUCUUUGGAACUGUUGAAUGUUUAGGAUGAGAUAAAGAUUCUCUAUUAAUACUAUCAAAAGCUAUAAAAGGAGGAGUUGACUCCACAACAAUACAAAAAUAAAUUCGAGGUAUACAAACAAUAAGCUCCCAGAUAACAGAAAGGCCAUUUGCAAUCUAUCUAUGAAGAGACUGAGAAUUCUUAGUCAUCAAUGCAAUUCGGUAAAGUUGAUAAGAAGUUUGCUCCAAAUACCAACAUUGACAGUCUUGGUUUGCAGUAUAAUCCUGAGUAAAUUAUGCAUGAUUUUCAAAUCCAGUUAAGUGGUAUAACAGAGCAACACGAGAGAGAAAAAUUAAGGAUCCAAUAGGAACAUUAGUAGGAGGUAUCAAGUCUGAAAAAGCAAAUACAAGAGUCAAAUUAGAUUAGGAACAUGUUGGAUAAUCAAGUGUAGGAGUUCAAAAAAAAGGAGAAUAGAUACAAAGAAAUUGAGUAGCAGUAUAUAGACAGUCAAAAGCAGAAAAAUAAUUCAUCUUAAUCAUCAUCAGAUGAUGUCAAAAGAAUCAAUACUACAUUGACUGAUUAAAUAAAGGCAUUGAAAUUAUAAAAUGAAUAAAUGUAGAGUUAAAAGGAAAAAGAUAGGAAUGAUAUAGAUAAAAUGAGAAUUCACAUAGCAGAAUUAAAGGAGGAAAAUGAAUUUUAUAAAGACGAAAUAAAAAAUCUAAAGUAAUAACUGAAUACGGAGAAAAAUCAAGGGAACUAAAGAUUACAAUAAUUGGAGGAAAGUCAUAAAUAAGAGAUUAGAUAACUACAAGAGUAGAUGAAAUUCUCUCCUUAUCUUGAUAAUCAUAAUCUCGACAAAACUCCAAGUAGGGAAAUUUCUGAUCUUUAGAAAAGAUUAGAAAAUGAGAAGUCUAGAUCUGCAAAUUUAAUACAAGAUGUUAGUCAUAAAAGUGAACAAAUUAAAAUCUUAGAGUAGGAGUUGAAAGCUAAAUAACUAGAAUUAGAAUAAUCAAAAGCUGAAUAAAAUGUUUAGAAUACUGCAUUGAACAUUUAAAUCUAAUAGAAACAUUAAGCAGAAAUCCAAAAUUAUAAACAAUAAUAUUUAUCAUUAGAAACAUCGAAGAAGAUUGAAGAAAAUUCAUAUAAAGAGAAACUGAAUCUCCUUGAAUAGAAGUUAAAAAUCUAAUUUAGUGAGAAUGAGAACCUGAGAAAUGAAACUUAAUUCCUUAAGAACAAGGUCUAAGAAUUAAAUCAACAUUUAUAAUUCGAGAAAACAUAAUAAAAGACUGAACAGAUUUAAAUUGAACCUCAAUAACCAUUACUUAAUAAUAAACUUGAUUUGUCGAAGAUCAAAGAGAGUGGUUUUGAGUAUGUGUAAGUCUAGUCCCCUUAGUCAAUUUCAAGCAAAUAAAAUUAUUCUUAAGUUGUUAAUACAGCAAACCAAAAUAAACUAGAGAGACCUUAAUCUAAUGUUCCCUAUUCUGGCUAUCUAAACUUUUAAAAUUUACAGAUUGAGUUUGUUGACAAUGUUAAGAAUUUAUUCAUAAGAACCUAAUAGAUUAAGGUGCCAGUGCAAAAUGAAAUGAUAUACCCAUAUCUUACAGCAGAAGAAUACUAUUAGAAGAAGAUUCGUCCCCAUAAAGGGAUUGUUUUAUAAUGCAAAAGGACCAUACCUAGUAUGAUUAUUAAUCAAUAAAAUUUGCAAUUAUACAAAAUGUACCAUUUGAAUAGAGUCAAUAAUACUAUUUUUGUUGAUAAUUCAGAACUUAAAAUCGCAGUCAUAAAAUAAAUACAAAAAGUCGGGUCUCAGUUUUAUAUUAAUUAUGGUAUAUAUUUCAAAACAGACGUACAGAGUUUGAAUUUAAAGGCAUAUAUGAAAAACUUGAUGAACUUUGAAACCUUAUGGACAUCACAGCAAGAAAUUUAAUAAAAUUUAUAGAGAAAACAACAAUUGCUCUUGGAAGUAAGUAUUAAAUUACAACAAUCAGAAAUCUCUGAAGUGCCAAUAUUGGAAGUCAAUUAUAAUAAUAAGAUCUAAUAAGUUUUAUUGCCUUUACAAAUUCUAAGUUUGAUUCAAUACCGCAAAAUUAGUAAAAUUGGAUAUCAAAGAAAGUGGAAGACUGCCAAGAUAUACAGAUCGGAAGUGUUUGAAUACAAUACAUUAAUAUUGUCUAAUCAUCUAGAUAUCACUAGGUUAAAUGAAUGUUUUUCUAUCACAAAUCCAGAAAAGUUAGAUAGUUAUGCCCAAGGUUUGGAUGAAAUUAAAUAUUUUGCUCAGUUUUAAUUGUAAUUUUACAAUUUAGAGGGAAUCAUAAAAUUUGAAUUGAUGCCGAAUCAAAAAAUGAUUAUCUUUGUAGGUCUAGAGAAUUCUAAACAAAGUGCGUAGAUUUAGAGAUUGAUAAGUGUAUUUUAGGAAAUUUUUACCUGA